CGGACUAGUGCCAGUGCCAGUGCCGAGCCGAGGCCUUCUCAGUUCUCAGUACCUGCCCGACCGUCACCGAGGCCGUAGGCAGUCGGUGCGUCCUCUCCGCGUUUUUUUAGGUUGACUUGUGUUUUCUUUCCUCGAAUAUUUCUCGUGCUCGGAAUAGCUGCAACAGAAAUAAACGGUUUGGCUUCCUGGAGCCCUGAAUUCAUGGCAACGGUCAAAGCGGCAGCUACUUGUGGGUGGGUUGGCAACACUACCGCCUCCACGGUGAUUUCCUCAGCACCAUGCCGCAGGGGUGGCCGCCAUCCCAAAAUUGGUGAUAUUCCAAAACGAUCUGCAGUAGAAGAGGAGCUGCCUGUAGUUGAUCAAACCACGUAUCAAAAUGCAGCGGCCACGAAGAGCGCAGAGCGUCUGCUUCCAGUGGAAACUUCUGCGAGCGAAAAGGAGCAAGAUUUGGUGUCCGCGGCGGCAGGCAUUUCUCUGGGCCAUACCCAGAGGCCUAUCUACCCGAAUGUGCCCUUCUCGCCCUAUUCAUCUCCUAGAUGUGCCCGACGUCGGACACCACUCAAGGAGAGCAGGAGAGUCAGCAUCGACAAGUCCGGAAGCUUCUUACAACUCAACCAAUACCGGCUUAUGGAUUCAAUAGGACAAGGAUCCUUCAGUCUCGUGAAACUUGCCUACAACGAAGAAGACGACACACAUUAUGCAAUGAAAAUUCUAUCCAAAAAGAAACUGUUGAAAAAAGCAGGAAUUUUCGGACGAAAUGCUCCCAACAGGAAAGGAGCAAAUCCGUUGGACCGUGUAUACCGAGAAAUUGCUGUACUCAAAAAGCUUGAUCAUCCUAAUGUCGUGAAACUCAUAGAAGUGCUUGAUGACCCUUCGGAAGACCAUCUGUACUUAGUGUUCGAGCUGUUAGAGCGAGGCGAAGUACUCCAACUGCCCACAGAAAACCCUCUCAGUGAGCUCCAGGCUUGGGCAUACUUCAGGGACACGAUUCUAGGGCUUGAAUAUUUACAUUUCCAAAGGAUCAUUCAUAGAGAUAUAAAGCCAGCCAACUUGCUGCUGGGGGAAGAUGGACAUGUGCAGAUAGCAGACUUGGGUGUAUGUAAUGAGUUCUCUGGGCCAGACGCAACCCUCAGUAACACUGCUGGCACCCCUGCAUUCACUGCCCCAGAGGCAAUAUCUGACAGCAACUUUAGUGGAAAGGCAUCUGAUAUCUGGUCUCUAGGAGUCACCCUGUUCUCGUUUGUCUAUGGACAAGUCCCCUUUUCCGCAGAGACUGUGCCUGCUCUCUAUCACACAAUACAGAAUCAACCUUUAAUUUUUCCACCAAAGCCUUCAGUUUCACCAGAACUUAGAGACCUUAUUGUGAAAAUGCUUAAAAAAGAUCCACUUGAAAGAAUAACAUUACAGGAUAUUAAGGUUCACCCAUGGGUGACUAAGCAUGGUGAACAUCCUCUUGCCUCAGAAGCUGACAACUGUCAACUAGUUGAGAUCACAGAAGAAGAUGUCCGCAAAGUUGUCACUUCCAUUCCCAAGUUGGACACACUUAUCCUCAUCAAAACCAUGCUCAAGAAACACUCAUUUCAGAAUCCAUUUCUUGGUGACUCGCUAGUUCGUAAGUUCCAGAAGAACGGAAGAUCACAUUCCGCACCUGGCUCCUAUGAUUGGCCAAACAAUAGAGCCAUGUCCUCGGAGACAUCUCUGUCUGCAGUAACCGAGGCCAUGUCGUCUGAGGCUCAUACCCCUGACAGAGCAUAGUCCUCAUGGAUCUGCCUUUUCAUCCCACCGCUCUACAAUCAAAACCAAAUGUCAUCAAAGCUUCUAAUGAAUAGAUUUUACCAUGUCGAUUGUUACUUGUUUCAAAUUUCUAAUCGCUUGUUUUAUUGUCUGGGACCAAAAUUGUAUAUUUCAAACAAAACUUGCGUUUCUAUGUUAUGAAAUUAACUCUUUGCCUUACUUAUAGUGUGUGUUUAAUAGAUAUUUUGAAUGUUUUGGUGUAUAAUGAUAAUUUUCAUGCACUUUAACAACUCUUGAGGUUAAGUUUUAAACUUUUGGUGGUUAUAGACUUAGUGGCUUCAAUUGUCUGUAUGUGAAUUUUGGUCUGUACAUUUGUGUGUUUGUGUGUGCGAGUUUUUAUUGUUAUGACUUUGUUUAAUGUAGAGCUGACCAUACAAUAAUUGUUACUGUGAUAAACAAAUAUCUUUUUGUUUCAUUAGUCUAUGAGAUUGAUAUGCCUUUGGUGAAGUUGCUGUGAAUUGUCUGUAAUAAUAACAGUCCAAGAAAUGUCAUACUGUGUUUGAAAGCACCUUUACCUCAGAAGAUUUGGAAUGGUUAUGAACAUCAGAAUCAAUGCCUCCUCCAGCCACUGUUUUAACAAGGACAACUGAGUGGUUGGUAGAAAGAUUGGCAAAAUACUGCAUUCAAGUACUGACAGCGAUUUUAAGUAAAAUAAUAAUUCAUAAUCGAGCUCAAUAUAAAGUCUUCAAAGGCUAGUUCAUAGUUGAUUAUUCAAAGUUCUUGUAGGUUGUAUUGUUCCAAGUUAGAUAGUAAAUACUGUAUUAUGUGAGAAGCUUAACUUCGUUAUUAUAAUGUAUAUGUACCUGCCUGAGAAGUUACGGGGAGGAGGCUAUGUGAUUAUUCUAUUUAUAACUAAUUAUGCCUCUAGGACUGACUAAUAAAACUAAUGAAAUGUUAUUGUACAUCUCUUUUAGAUUUAAACACUUUUUUCCUUCUACCCACAGUAGCUCACACUUAGUGUUUUUCUCUUAAUAUUUUAAACUAAACAUUCAAAGAUAUAUUUCAUUACAUCUACAAAUGGAUAUGUAAUCAUUUAUAUAAAAAACAAAUCAAAAGUGUAGAAUAGCUACAUUUAGUACAGUAAAUGAAAAAAAUAAAAGUUGUAAGUUUUUGUGUUGCAAAUAAUUAAAACUUUUCUAAAAUCCAUUAAGGAAUCUUAACUGAGCAUCUACUAAUUAUAAAAGUUUUAUAAUGGUUAAAAUAAUUAAUUAAACAGUUAAUUGUCUCGUGUAUUGCUCUUUCUUUACAUUUAUUGAGUACUUACGUAGUUUUCUUAACUCUACUCAGGACUUUUAUUGUACUUUUUAUUUUUACUUGGCAAUGUCUUACUUUCUUUCGUAUAUGUUAUAUAAUUAUAUAUAGAGGGAGAGAGUGUGUAUGUGUGCAUCUCAAAAAUUGUAUGCAAUUUUAAAUCAUAGUAACUGGAUACUUUUAUCAGCUAAUAAUUCAAAACUUAGCUUUUUAUAAUGAAUACAUUAUUGCCGUCGUUUCUCUCAUUUGACCCUUGGUCAACUUACUGAAGUUCAGUUCUACUUUGAUCAAGGAAAGCGUGUUUCAAAGCAUUGCUGGGAGACUGAGAAUGUUUGAGAGGUCCAAAAAGUUAGGAAAUUGAAUUUGGAACACAAUCACCAACAAAAGUAACACUAGCAAACAUUUGCAAUAAGUGAAGGCCACUGCCGAACAGUGAAAAUAUGUAAAAGGGUGAUGUGGGCAAAGAAACCCCUACAGAUUAAGAAAAUAUGAUGCAGACUUCUACCUCAAAUAAAUCCCUCAGAAAAUGAUUUCUUUCUAUUUAAAAGAUAGUUCUCAUCUAAUUUUAAAAGCUGAUAAAUGGAAACCAUGCAUACCAUUUAUGGCUAUUGCUGCUUAUGGCUUUUGAGACAGGUUUACCCAUCUAGGUUCAAUGGUGCAUACUUUCUGAAUGCAGGCACUUUAUUUUUCUUGGCAUUAAGUAAAUGUAACAGUGUAACAUACUUGAAUGCUCUGACUCAUUACUGAGAUUUGUAGAGAAGCCAAUGUAUAAGUAAUACAGUUGCGAUACUUAUUGGCCAGACCAAUGAAGUUACUGGUGAAAUUGUUACACACCUACUACUCUUGUUUAAGUCUUUGUAUCAUCAAACAAUGAUUAUUCACUAUGAACAUAUUUAAAUAACCCCUCAUUUUAGUUAUUUAUUUGACCUCUCAAGCGCUUGCCAUAUAAAAGGUUUUGACAUUUCUAUUUAUACUUAAUCUGAAUGCUUCUUUUGAAAGCUCUACUAUGGCUUAGUAAAGAAUGGAUAGCUGUAUUUAAGCCUUGCUAUUGUUUACUGUAGACAACAAACGAGAGAAAGACAAGGCCAACAAUGCAUGCACUGCAUUAUACUUCAAAAACAGUAUGGCAAAAAAGUAAUUAUAUGACAUUAACAGAUAACUUCUGUUCGAGAUUCACUACCAUGUGAAAAAAUUGGUCAGAACAAUAUUUAAGUAAAGAUUCUCUUCUUUGUUUCCCAACUGUAAAACUGCAGUGGGAUAUCUCACUAAAAUAAUUUUCCCAUAUUAAUAAACCAAUCAUCUUUCAGUAUUGAACAAUCUGUUGAUACCUACUUUGGAGGAUCGCAUUGCCAACGUUUAUCAGAAAGCUAAACCUACAGCUUUUCAGUAAAAAUCAACUGGUGUCUUAUAGUCAGCAGUGAAUAUUCUAUAGAUUCUAUUCUAGAUCAACCUUCUAGUUGGGUUUAAUGUACUAGUUACAGAAAUAAUAGAUUUGUUAUGUUUUAAUGUUGUAUAUAUUAUGUCAAGAUUUCUAGACAGUUCCAACUUGCCAUUAUCUUAAAGUUUUCAUCCUAUACUGAAAUAUUUAUACUGAUACAAAGAAUGUUUGCCAAUUUUAAAUAAGUAUGUUCUAGCUCUUGCACAAAAGUUGUUGUUUUUGUCUCUUAGAUUUUAGAUUUUUUAAAUCUCGAAUAGCACAUUGUUGUGUUUUAAUAUUAAUAUAAAUUUGAUAAAUCUGUACGGUAGAUUUAGAAAAUCAGUUUAAUUAAUUUUUCAAUAUCACCAAUUUACAUCAGUGUUGUAUUUUAUCAUAUUUUUAAAGCAAUUUAUUUAAUGUUCAUAACUGCAAGUCAAAAGUAUUUUGGUGGUUGUUGAAGAUUCUAAAUAUUUAUGUGUGAUUUCAUUGUUUUUCUGUAAAAAAUAUACAAGUACAUAAUAAAACUGCA